AUGAUUGCAGCAGCGCCGGCCCGAUGGCUGCGCGUUCCAGCACUGCGCUCCUGUUUACCUCGCACUCGAAGCACAUCUCUGCCAUUUCAAUCGUCAUCUACUAGAGAAUGCCUCGGAGCCAGGACGGCAGCAACCUACACAUCCCGCCAUCAGGCUGCUCAAAUCUCAGUACUGCAAACUACUGUUGACACAAACUCAACUAGCUAUGCCGACAACAAAAAGUCAAUGCAAGAGCUUCUCGACAAGUUCACAGAUCUACACCGUAAUGCCGCCCUAGGAGGUAGUGAGAAGGCACGCGAGAAACAUGUUUCCAAGGGAAAGAUGCUGGUGCGAGAUCGCAUCACCGCCUUGGUCGAUCCUGGCACUUCUUUCCUCGAGUUGUCGGCUCUGGCUGCUUACGAUGUCUACCCCGGAGAAGACGUGCCUGCGGGAGGAAUCGUGACAGGAAUUGGCACAGUCGAAGGCACUAUGUGCAUGAUUGUCGCUAACGACAGCACUGUCAAAGGUGGUAGCUACUAUCCUCUGACCGUCAAGAAACAUCUCCGAGCACAAACAAUCGCCGAAGAAAAUCGUCUACCUUGCAUCUACCUUGUCGACAGCGGAGGCGCCAACCUGCCUCACCAGGCCGACGUGUUCCCCGAUCAAAACCACUUCGGUCGUCUGUUCUACAAUCAAGCUCGAAUGUCAUCUAUGGGCAUACCGCAGCUCUCAGUCGUCAUGGGUCCUUGUACAGCCGGUGGAGCAUAUGUUCCAGCCAUGAGCGACGAGAACAUCAUCGUUCAAGAGCAGGGUCACAUUUUCCUUGCCGGCCCGCCACUAGUCAAGGCUGCCACUGGCGAAGUCGUCAGCGCAGAAGAUCUGGGUGGUGGUAAACUGCACAGCGAGGUCAGUGGCGUCACAGAUUAUCUUGCCGUAGACGAUGCACACGCUCUCGUGUUAGCUCGUCGUUGCGUCGCCAACCUCAACUAUCCCGCCUCUGCCCCCAAAUCAGAACCAUGGAAGGAACCCCUCUAUGAUCCUGAAGAACUGGACGGCAUUAUGGGAACAAAUCUCAAGACACAAGUCGACGUCCAUGAAGUCAUCGCCCGUAUAGUUGACGGCAGCGAGUUUUCCGAGUUCAAGCCCCUCUACGGCAGCACAUUGGUUACCGGCUUCGCACGUAUCCAGGGCCAUCAAGUAGGCAUCGUUGCCAACAACGGCAUCCUAUUCUCGGAAUCGUCAUUGAAAGGCGCUCACUUCAUCCAACUAUGCAACAAACGACGCAUCCCACUCGUCUUCCUGCAAAACAUUUCUGGCUUCAUGGUCGGUCGUGAUGCCGAAAAGGGCGGCAUUGCAAAGAAUGGUGCUAAGCUGGUGACAGCCGUAGCUUGUGCCGACGUGCCCAAGUUCACCGUAGUCUUUGGCAGCUCUGCCGGAGCCGGUAACUAUGGCAUGUGUGGUCGCGCAUACUCUCCUCGCUUCCUCUGGGCAUGGCCGACGGCAAAAACCAGCGUCAUGGGUGCCGAGCAAUUAUCCUCGGUAAUGGAAGCAGUAGGCAAGAAAGUAGACCCAAAGCUCCGCGAACGAAUCGAACGUGAGAGCGAGUCUACCUUUGCAACAGCUAGACUUUGGGAUGAUGGCAUUAUUCCUCCAUCACACACCAGGAGAGUCUUGGCCAUGGGACUGCAAGCAGCCAUGUCUGGUAGCGUGGAAGAAAGCAAGACCGAGUGGGGUGUAUUUAGGAUGUGA